AUGCCUGCUCUCACAAUCUCAACCGACAAACCCACCCGGUCCCGGUCGACAUCCCCCGUUCCUCCUCCCAUGUCCCCCAUCACGCCUCCCCUAGCUCCGGCAAGACUUUCCGACGCCCAUCCACCUGCAGGAACUCUUCCCCCAGCCAGACAGACAUUUACCCAUUCAUCACAGCCUUCGCAGCAAAUAGGCAUUCCGCCACCUCCCCCGGAACCCAUCGACUUUGACUCGAACCCGGACGUAAUUGCUCUCAAGUCUGCCAUAUCUGUGCUCCAAGUCCAAAAGAAGCGAGCAACGGGAGACAUACAGGCGUUAAACAGAGUCAGGGACGAAGCCUUGGAGGAUCCGGAGUCCUUCCUGAAAGACCUGGCGGCAGGGAAGGUGAAACAGCGAGAUGACUUUGUCUUUGGAGCUGUCGACAGCGAUGACGAGGAGAUGAAAGAUGACGACUCAGACAGCAAGCGUUCGUCUCGACAAGAGGAAAGCUCUCAGCCAAGAGAAUGGUCGUCGCUACCGAAACCUCAGGAUGUCGUGCGCUGCCCUCCCGUAAACUGGGCGCAGUAUGCUGUCGUCGGCGAAUCGCUUGACAAACUGCACGCGGACCAGGUGAGCCGCCCUUCUCAGGGAUCACCGGCCGUCUUUGGGUCCAACGGCAUGUAUGAUUUGAAGAAUGAGGGGAAGCAGGAAAAAUAUGCUGGGGUGGCAGCACCAUAUGCUCCCGGCAAGGACAGGAUUGACCGGAAGUCAAAAAACAAAAAGUGA